AUGCAGCAGCAUCUCUAAGUGCGAUUAUACCUGAGGUUCUUAAAGAAAAUAAUUAUGAGAGGUGGACCAUUUUAAUGCGACACUAUUUAGUGGCUCAAGGCCUUUGGGAUGAUGUUAUUCUAUCAAGCCAGAUUCCUCUUGCCAAAAGUCCAGAGGACUGGAUUAAAAAGAAUGCUUCAGCUCUGUUUGCAAUUAAGAUUUCAUGUGGAGCAGAAAAGUUUGAACAGAUUAAGAUGAUGAAUUCAGCCAAAGAUGCAUGGGAUGCAUUGGCCGAUUUGCAUAAACCACCAAAUGCAGACAAGCACAGAGGAAGUGAAACUGAUGCAGGUUCAAGUUCCAGCUCCAUCGGUGAAGCAUGGAUUAAAGUAAUAAGAGCAAUAUUACACAUCAUUUUCGAAGGUGUAGGUGUAGGUACACGAUUCUUAUAUAAUCUGAAGUUAACCCAUACGUUUGCCAAUUCGGUUUUGCAAUACCGGUGCAAGGAAAUAUCAACCUACAGGGAUGCCAGACAACUUGUUGAAAGUGGAACAAUCUCAGCAAUCUUCCAAGCAAUCAAGGAUGGCUCCGUCGAAAUUGUGAUUGAGAUCCUCAAAUCGAACCCAGAUCUAAUUUGGUGCAAUAAAAACCUUUCAAGAGAAAUACUCAUCUCUGCAAUCAAAUAUCGUCGAGGAGGUAUUUUAGGGUUUGUUUUGAGGCUUGAUGAAGGGAAGAAAACAUUUCUCUCUUUAACAGAUGAAGAUGGAAACAACGUGUUGCAUCUGGUAGCCAAGUUACCAGACUCUCGAAUUUAUGUUACUCUCUUUCCUGCUUGGUUUCUGCAACGAGAAGUAGAGUGGUUCGAGGCAGUUGGAAGCCUCCUUCCAUACUGGUAUCAAGUAGCCAAAAAUCUUUAUGGUCAAACUCCAACCCAAGUCUUCGACGGAGAACACCAGCAAUGGAGAAAAGAAGCGAAUGAAUGGGCAAAGAAUUCUGCAAAUUCUUAUAUUCUGGUACCUGUUUUACUUGUCACCAUUAUGUUUGCAGCACUUUUUACAGUUCCAGGCGGGAACAACCAAGAAACCGGCAUCCCCAUAUUAUUGCAUAGAAAACUGUUUUUCGGGUUUCUAAUAUGUGAUGUGGUGUCCCUCCUUACUGCAUCAACUUCAAUGCUGAAAUUUCUGACCAUACUCACAGGAUCCUAUGGUCCAGUUGAUCUUCGCAAAAACUUGCCCGCGCAAUUGAUGUUCGCUAUUUUAUUACUCAUAAUUUCAAUAGCAACGAUGCUCUUUGCCUUCGGUUUUGCUCUUACGAUCAUGUUGCCAAAAAAGUGGCUGGGACUACCAGUUAUUAUAGCAUACCUAGGAUUUCCCAUCCCCUUGUUGCUCUACUGGCGGAUGCUCCCCCUUGCUCUUGAUGUUUAUAGACUGAAGUCUAGAUCAAUAAUCUCGUCAGAUAUGGCCAAUGGACCGCAUUAGAAGAAUCUUGUUAAAAGUCUUUUAUGGCGUUAACUUAUUUGUAUUUUUAUGUAAUUUUGUAAUGUCUGCAUUUAUGUUAUGAACUCUUUUUUUUUGUGUGAAAAUAUCUAGUUUUGUCACUUUUUUCUUUCCAGAUUUCAUCUAUUUCGACUUUCAUUUUCAUUUUGAUUUUCAUUCUUUGUUUGGUUGCAAAGGAAGUGCAAGAAAAAUAUGAUAUGAAA